GUUGAUUGAUUCCAUGAAAAAUCAAUUGCUUCUUCUUCACUUCAAAUUCCACACUAUAAUAGUGUUGACACUUUUGUUGCGUCUUCUACUACUACCUUCUCCAAUCGCCCUCGAUUCAUCGAUUCCCUGCAAUUGUUGGAUCUGAUGGGUAGCAUCGAAGAAGCGGUAUCGGUUACAGAAGACGACACUGUUUACGUUGCGGUGGGAAAUAACCCAAAGAAGACUCAACUAUUAUUGCAUUGGACAACUCAAAAAUUCACACGGAACAAAAUUUGCCUUCUUCACAUUCACCCACCCCACCAUCUGAAUUCGUUGACAGACACAAAUCUCUCUGGAUAUGAACCUAAAGACCAUGAAAUCAGCGCAUUCCAGGAGCAUGGUAGUCAAACAGUGCAUGAACUCCUAGACCAAUACAUUUUCCCUCUGGUCUCAGCAGGGGUACAUGCCUCUAAAUUGUUGAUUGAGAAGGACAAUAUUGAGAAAGGGAUCAUAGAAGCUAUUGCUCAACACACUAUUAGAUGUCUUGUAAUGGGAGCAGAUGCAGACAGACAUAAGUUGGGUGCUUGGAAUUGCAGCAAACUGUCGAGAAAAGCUAUUUAUGUACGUGAACAAGCAUCGCUGUCCUGUAAUAUUUUGUUCAUUUGCAAGGGAAACCUCACACGAUCUAGGGUAGAUAGUGAAGACACAAUUGAAGAGACUGCCCCUGUAUUGUUGAUGCUUGACUCAGAUAAGGAAGCGAAACAAUCUCAAAAGGCUAAAUCAAAAUUAAUUCCUGAUGUAUUGAAAUAUUUAGAUUCUGGUGAUAUGGAAGAGACUAAAAAAGUCAAUUCUCACAGUUCUUUAAAUGCAGAGUGGUCCUUUAACAGUGUUACUGACAGGACAAAGUUGACAGAUUUGCCUAUUCAUGAGAAUGAUGAAACAUUACAAAACUGGCGUGCUAAGGAGAUAAGUAGAAAAAAAGAAGUUGAAGAACAAUUGGCAAGGGAAAAGAAAGAUGUACAACAAAUGAAGAAUCAGCGAGAUAAAAUAAUGUGUGAGUUGCAGAUGGUCCGAGACCAAAGUUCAGCUCUUAGAAACCAAUUGUUUGAAUCCAAGUGUACGGUAACCGAGUUGGAAGAGAAGAUUAUAUCAGCUGUGGGCCUUUUGAUAAGUUUCAAGGAAAAACGAGAUAAGCUAAGGACAGAGCAUGCAAAUGCAGUUAGGAAAGUUGAAGUGCUCAAAAAAAUGGAAGAAGUGGAUACUACAUCCUCUUAUGAGGUAGAAUUCCCUGCAUUUUCUUUCAUGGAGAUCAAUGAGGCAACUCAUGAUUUUGACCAAUCUUGGAAAAUUGGAGAGGGAAGGUACGGAAGUGUUUACAAGGGACUGCUUCGCAACAUGCUUGUUGCCAUAAAAAUGCUACCCUCUUAUGGUUGUCAGAGCCAAUUGGAAUUCCAGCAUCAGGUAGAGGUUUUAAGUAGAGUAAGACAUCCAAACCUGUUAACACUAAUUGGAAGCUGUGCAGAAUCUAAGUCACUUGUGUAUGAAUACCUUAACAAUGGUAGCCUUGAAAGCCAUCUUGCCUGCAAAGAUAAGACUCCACUUCCAUGGCAAAUUCGAAUAUCCAUUUCUACCAACAUAUGCUCUGCUCUAAUCUUCCUUCACUCCAGCGAGCCUUGUAUUGUCCAUGGGAAUUUGAAGCCUAGUAAGGUUCUCCUUGAUGCUAACUUUGUUGCCAAACUUGGUGACUUGGGGAUUCAUUCUUUAGUCCAGCAUAGUGUGGAUUCAGCGGACAACACAAACCCAGUAGUAUGUCACAACUCGCAUAACUAUUUGGCGUAUGUGGAUCCAGAGUAUCUUGUCACUGGUAAAUCUACACCAGAGUCAGAUGUGUAUUCAUUCGGAAUCAUACUGUUACAACUUCUAACUGGAAGACCACUUUCGGGGCUAGUUAGAGAUGUGAGAUGUGCAUUGGAAAAGGAAAAUCUUAAAACUGUGCUGGACUCUUCAGCUGGUGAAUGGCCACUUGAUCAAACCAAACAACUUGCAUAUUUAGCACUGAGGUGUUGUGAGAAGAGUUGGCUGAACCGGCCAGAUCUUGCGUCGGAAGUCUGGAGUAUUCUUAAACCAUUCAGAACUACUUGCAUAGACAGGAGACAAGAGUUGACUUCUAAGAAGCUUCAACGCGCUCCUUCUCAUUUUGUAUGCCCCAUUGUCCAGGAAGUUAUGGAAGAUCCAUACAUAGCGGCAGAUGGGUUUACAUAUGAAGAAGAGGCAAUAAGGGGAUGGUUGGAAAGUGGUCACAACACAUCCCCUAUGACAAACCUUAAGCUUGAACACACAAAUUUGGUACCUAAUUAUGCACUACAUAAUGCCAUUCAGGAAUGGCAGCAACAGUGAAUAUUUUCCUUUAUAAUUGCACAUAUACUCAUGUAAAUUACAUUUAUCUUGAAAAUAGAUCUUCUCAAGUGAGCAAGUAAAAGUGUAUACACUCUUGAAUAUUAGCCAGUUGAGAUAAAUGAAGGUUAUAUACACUAUUACUUGCUUACUUUGGAGAUAAUUUUACGAGUAGCAAUUGCCUAGUAGAGUAAGUAUGUUCCGUGGAGAAAGGAGGAAAUAGAGGGGAGGAUAAUUUUUAACGAAACCUUCUCCUUGGUUUGGUUGGGAUCUUUCUAAAGUGAGGGAUUAUAAUGUAAUUUUCAAGAACCCCUUUCAUUUUUAUCAAAAUUCUAGAAAUUGAAGUUCUCAUUGUCAAACAAAUAAAUAAAUUGAAGUUCUCCACAUUUGAUGAAUGUAUGGGGAUUCUAAACAUGUAAACCAUAUGUUUUUGGUUCUGCCAUGA